AUGAGCCAACGCGGAUGGGAUCCUAAGAAGACAGUCAUCUCCGGGAGAAGAGGCUCGGACGCCAACUACGAUAUCCGCACUCCAUCAAGCUCCCAUGUCAAUGUUCGACCGAGCCCAAGCUAUUACGGCCGCAAUUUCCAGAACUCUGCACAGGGACGCUCGUCAAGCUUCGCCUACGGCGACAUUAAGGAGCCAAAAUUGCCGGAUCCAUGGGUCAAGGCACCACAGCCAUACCCAGAGCGUGUGGAAAAGGAGUACCUUGCCUACAAGGAUGCCGGAAAACAUCUGACGGCAGUCAGACGGGAGUACAACGCCACUGGUGCGAUGGGUGUUUCUGGUAACCAGGGCCCUGCCAUGCAGACUCUGAGGCAGGGUGAGCGACUGGCCACUGACAUGAUAGCCGCUGCCAAUACAGUGGCCGCAUCUCGCAGUGGCUUUGACCACAAGUAUCCAACUGCCUAUGAGAACCUAGAAAAGAAAGGCACACAUCAUGAUGAGGCCGUAAAGAACCUCAAAACUGCGAGAAACUACCGCAAUCAGAGAGAGAAGCUCCGUGGUAAGAUCAAUGCUCCACCGCGUCCCUAA